GCGGGCGCGGGUCACGUGCGCCGGGCAGGAGUUUCCCCGACAGCUGGAGGCUGCGUGGGAUCCGGCGGCGGCUCCGGAGCUCGGCGGUGCGGCCUUCCCCGCCCCCCUUCUCCUCCCCCGCCCGCUUCCGCCCGGCUUAUUAUCCUUCGUAUUGACAAACAGAGCGGCCGCCGCGGCGACUCUGGGCGUGCGUUACUAGCCAAGCGAUGGGAGACAAGAAGAGCCCCACCAGGCCGAAGCGGCAGCCGAAGCCGUCCUCGGAUGAGGGUUACUGGGACUGUAGCGUCUGCACCUUCCGGAACAGCGCGGAGGCCUUCAAGUGCAUGAUGUGCGAUGUGCGGAAGGGCACCUCCACCCGAGAAGAAAAACCUGGAUCACUUACCAGUAACUGGAGUUCUCCUAUUGGGUAAUCUCCACAGAUCCACAUUCUUUGAAGUUAUUGUGAAUGCCUCGAGGACCAAGGAACCGUUGAAAUUUCCAAUUUCAGGAAGGAAACCUCGACCUGUCUCCCAGUUGGUUGCACAGCAGGUUACUCAGCAGUUUGUGCCCCCUACACAGUCAAAGAAAGAGAAAAAAGAUAAAGUAGAAAAAGAAAAAAGUGAAAAGGAAACAACUAGCAAAAAGAACAGUCAUAAGAAAACCAGGCCAAGAUUGAAAAAUGUGGAUCGGAGUAGUGCUCAGCAUUUGGAAGUUACCGUUGGAGAUCUAACAGUCAUUAUUACAGACUUUAAGGAGAAAACAAAGUCACCACCUGCAUCUAGUGCUGCUUCUGCAGAUCAACAUAGUCAGAGUGGCUCUAGCUCUGAUAACACAGAGAGGGGAAUGUCCAGGUCGUCUUCACCCAGAGGAGAAGCCUCGUCAUUGAAUGGAGAAUCUCAUUAAAGUUUAUUUUCUCCAAUUUCUUAGUCACUUCUGUCCUACCAUGCAAAUACACAGAUUAUGCCAAGAAAUGCCACAUUUUCAUGACAAACACAUUUGUGCAAAAUCCCUAAUUUGAGUUUUACAUAAAAUUUUGUCAGAAUUUGUUAGAUUUUAUUGUAAUCUAUGCCUACCAGACAUUUCUGGAUUUAACAUUUUGGUCUCUGCAGUUAUGUGCCAUGAAAAUGUGGUUGAAUUAUUCAUUAUGCAGUGUUAUUGGUAAGUCUAUUUUCACUUUUAGUUUAGUGAAUUCUAACACAUGAUUCUUGAAUUCUCUACUAUUGGCAUGUAACAAGUUUAAAUUUUUUAUAACAUAGUGCAAGCUGCCUAAAUAUGUAAUAUUUGAGAAUUGUGAAACAAAUAGUUAUAUGUAUACAAGUCAAAUAUCAACUUAAUCAACUAUAUUGCUGCAACAGGAUUUUCUUAAUGGUUAUCCACUUAAUACACCUGCUGGUACUUGGUGUGGUUAAAUAGGAAAGUUGUUAUUAAAUAAAGAAUUUGUUAUGAACUUUGCCAAUGUUUUUGACACCUUUUACUAAAUUAUUGUUUCUGAAUUAUGUUUCUGGUUUUAUCCAUUUUUGAGAUGUUUUUGUUUGCCUAUUUUUCAAAACAUUCACAUAUUGUAAUGUUUACUAGCAGACUAGUAAACAAUAAAACAUUGAUUAUUUAGCUUUAUAAUUCAGGUUUGGUGAUAUUGUCAUUGAACACUGGUAUUUUCUGUAUUAUAUAAAACAUUAAAAUUCAAAUAAUUAUAAGCAUUGGGCAAAAACUGAAGAGAAAAGAAACUUGCCAUAUUUUAAAAGUUGCAAUUUUGGAAAAGCUUUAACUUAAUGAUAGUUUUAUCACUGUUUCCUUGUCCCAAACUUAUUCAGGGUCAUAGAUAUAUGAAUCUAAUUAAUACAGAAAUUGGAACUGUUGCACAAAACUGGGAAAUAACUAAUCUUAUAUCAGUUUAAUUGGCUUCUUAUUAAAUAUAGCAGUUCUUAUAAAAAUCAUAGUACCCUAUUUUCAGACACACCUGCCAAUUUAUGCAUUUAUCAAUAUCCUGAAAUUUAAAAAAUAUUUACAGCCCCACUCAUUAUUAUGUACAAUUACCAAUAAAAUAUUUUUAUGACUACAGAUUUUGCAUUUUGUUUACAACUAAUAAAGUGUUUUAUGUUGUAUUUUAAAAUCCAACUUAGAAACCACAUAUGCUCAAAUUCUCCUAGGGUCUCCUGCUUUCUCUAACCAUUUGCGUAAUAUACAUCCACUUAUAGGAGACUUUUGAAAUGUAAAUCAGCUUAAAAACAUAACUUGGGUACAAAAUAUCACAUUAAAGACAUAAUAACAUUUGAAGGAAAAAAAAAAUGUAAGCCCUGACAGUUGUGAUAUUUGGUGGUUUCUCGUGGUAAUGUAAUUUUCUGUUUGAUUGCAGUACUUUUUCCAGGCACAAUGGUACUGUCUUUUGUAAGAUGCUAGUUGUGAAAUACAGUUAAUUGCAUACAGUAAAAGUCUGUGAUUAAAACAUUCAUAUACCUCAUUCUUCAGUGUUGUUAAAUGAAACAAUUUGUGUUUUUAUUAUAAGGUACUUUCAACCGAAUAUCAACUAAGUGGUUAUGUUCUUUUAAAACAUGAUUUUUUGUCUUAACCUGUUUUUCACGGUUCAGAUGUUUUAUGUAUUCAUUUUUGGGGAUAGUAAAAAUUAAAACAAUUGUAGGGAAAUCAUUCUAGUUCUUAAGUCAAAAUUAUGCUUUUAAAGCACUGCAUCUUAUCAAAUACUUUCAGGAUAUAUUUCAAAUAAACCGCAAGAGAGAAAAUUUUGACAGAAGAUGGGAUUUUACCUGAGUAGGACAUAAAUGGGAAUACAAUAUGGCAUGGAGAUUAAGAGUGCUAACUGAUGUUUGGUGUUUGAAUUCCUGUUGUAGAACUUGUUAGUUUUAGCAAGUAAAUUACUCAAGCUCAUCUCCCAUCUAUAAAACAGGAAUAAAUAAUCAUAUUUAACUCAGGUUUUUUGGGAGGAUCAAAUGUCAGUCCAUGUAUGAGUCUUAACAAUUACCUGAAACAUUUUGGUUGCUUAGCAAAUGUGAGCCUUACUAUUAUUUUAGGUAAAAUCACAUUACAAAAACACAAAAAGGUAUUUUGUAACAAAAAUUCUUCCUGUGCCCUCUUGGAUGAUCUAACGGAAUAGCGUUCUAUUGGUGACACUAAAUUUUCGAUGUAACCUCAGAUGCUUGUUCCCAGAAAGAUCAUCUUUUCAUAAUUAAAGAACCUGAUAGUAUACACUAUGAAACUGCAGAAAACUAAGAUGCCUAGUUUGAACUUUUAUUUUCCUUUCAUUUCCUUUCAUCUUUACCUGCCUUCAUUUCACUCUAUCUCUGCUAUACUUCCACACUAGGUAAACGUGCAAAUUCCUUAAACACUUGUACCUAACAUUAUGCAAAAAUAUUGAGAGCCUGGGUUUAGGGUAUAUUUUUAGCUCUGUUUAAUGAAUUUACAAUGUGGUUUUAGCAGUGGGUUCUUUUAACCAAAUUCUAUAUGAAAAAAAUUUAGAGCUGGAGUGGGAAUAUAGCUCAGUAACAGCACACUUAUCUGUAAAUCACAAGACACUACGUUUGAACCCAGCGCAACAAAACAAACAACAAAAAGCAGUAACAAGAAAGAUUUUGGAUGUUUUCAGUUUAUUACCUUGCUUUCAUGUAGGUAAGAGUGAAGGUGUACUUUGAAGAAGACUACAUAUUCCUAAAACAUUUUAUACUACAUAAUAGAAAUAGUGGACUUAAUAACUUAAAGGUUUUAUUUUUUAUUAAAUGCUUUCCUAAAAUUAUAGUGAUAACAGACAAGGUGAAAACUUUAAAAAGAGGGACAAACCUCAGUAUAAGUCAAUAGCAUAUGUUAACUUUCUUUUAGCUAUAAAGCCUUGUUGCCUAAAAGAAUGUAGUUUUGGCAUAUGCAUUAAUGGUAAAUGGUCUAGAAGUGUUAAGUUUCCACUGGGGCCCUUAUUUUACUUUCUUGGUCUGCAACUUAUCUAUUUUCUAUUAUCUCAUGUAGGAACUGGGCCAUUUUGUAAGCCAUUCAAAGACAUUUCUGUAUUGUACUUUGAAAAUUAAGUGAAAACAGAAGAAUGUGUAAGGAAAGGAUAACAGAAAAAUAAUGGCUUGAUUUCUUAGCACUCACCACCUCCACUUCAUUCCCAGUCACCUUCAGUUGACUGGAACAACAAAUGCAGAAAAAACAGAAGUGCAGAAAAGUCAUCAGUGACAAAAAUAGUUGAGCAGAAUCAAAAGGCAAUGAAGGUUAUAGAACAUAGGAUGUGACUGACCAUUUUUGAAAGGUGAAGAAAAAAGUCCCAAUAAGAUCAAGGGCAGGGAAGGAUAGGAAUGGAAGGCAGUGAAGGAAUAGAAAGGGGAAAAGCAGAAACAGUGACAGCGAGCUCAGGGAUGCAAUCUGGGUAACAGGAGAAUCACUGGGAAGGGAGAGAGAAUAAAUGGGAACUUACAGCACGUCAAUAUUUGAGGACAUUUUAAAGACGUGUCAUCUUCAUGCCAUUAAAGUUUUAAGUUGUGUUUAGUAAACAUUUACAGCAAUGUGUGGGAUACUUUAGAAUGAUUUUCAUCAUAACCAGUUCUCUUUUAAGACACUGUCAGGGAGAAAAGUUUUCACUGAAUUACAUGGUUUACUUUCCUGAAUGCACAUCCCCACUAGCCCAGAUCAUUUAGUUAGGCUUUGUGUUUAGUCAGUGCAGAUAUUUCUGUCUUUAUGGAAUGGGCCAGUUCUGGAGAAUAUAAAAUACCAUGAAAGUACCACAUGCUUUAAUGGAAAAAAUCAGAGGGCUGAAUCCAGUGCUCUGGGAUGUUUCACGUUCUGAAUAUUUUUUCCCCCUUUAGUGGGAGUUGUAGAGUAUAACUUACUAUAGUAAUUUCCUGAUCUAGGUUUUCUUUACAUCAGUGUUAUUUAAUUCAGUGAACAUUUAUGGAGUAUAUUUUGGGUGUUAGGCACUGUCAUAUAGCGGUUAGUUACAAAAAGGACAGAUGAACUCAGAAAUCUAAUUAUAGUUCUACCACUGCAACAAUAAAAAUGUGUAAGAUACAAAAAUAGAGGAGCUUGCCACCUCUUUGUUUCUAGAAAAUUUACCUAGGCCUAAGUAUCCACUGCAAGUCCACACUGAAAAUAUUAGGACUUCUUUGGUGUUUGCAGCUGAUAAGUAC